AUGCUGUCAAGCUGGGCCGCGGACGGCAAGCCGAGAUAUUCCACGAUGGGCGAUGGGCUCACCAUUCCAUAUAUUUCCCACAUCGGCGCCGAACGACUUAAACCGUUGUUUAUUGCCGGCAGUGUAGUCACUGUCGUGUUCAUGGACUUGGGCCUGCUAUCCGAGCGCUGGCUUCGGCAUGCCGGCCAACUUGCCCGGAACAAAGGCAGGUUCGACAAGAUAUGUGCCAUUGGGUCGAUCUUCUUUUCGAUUGCAGGGGCUGUGGGCCUGAUCCUCCUGUCCAUCCUCGACACGAAGCACCACCACAACCUCCAUAAUGGCUUUUUAGCCAUGUUCAUCGCAAGCUACGUAGUCUGCGCAAUCCUGGUAUGCCUGGAGUACAUACAGAUCGGCCGAUUUUACCACCCGCAAGCCCGAAUUUUGCUCAUCAGCUUCGUGGUCAAAGCUAUUUUCGUCGUCUGCGAGAUCGGCGUUGCGAUCGGGUUUGGCGUAUGCAUGAAAUCCAAGAGUGGGAGCAGCAAGCGCAAGAAUGCUGCAGCAGUCCUGGAAUGGGUCGCCGCCCUAAUUUUCGCAUUCUUUGUCUUUUCUUUCAUCAUCGACCUGCUGCCGUCGGUUCGCACUAAGAAACGCGUUCCUCAAGGCGAAAAGUAUGCUCGGCCAGACGUGACGGGUAGACAUCCCAUUGACUUCUAG